GUGAAAGAGAAGCCAUGGAAAGGGUGACUUACUAAACGGGGAGGGUGGGAAUACCUGGAUAAGAGACUAGAAAUAAGCAGAUCUGUCAAAUGGAUAAAAGAAUUUUCACAUCAGCACAAUCAAGGGCAUUGACAGCAAGGCAGGCAGUGUGGAAUUAGAUUCAGAAGUCACAAGAAAAGACAAAAAUGAAGCAUGUCAAUCCAUGAAGCUAGCCUUGGAAUACCAAAGCAGAUAAAAGCGGCCAUUAAAGGAAACAUGGCAACCUAGAAGAAGGUGAUUAAAACUUAGGAAGGAAGUGACUCAACAAGCAAGACUGAGACAGCGUGCUAGCACUGGAGAAGCAUUGCAGAACAACUAACAAAGAAGAAUAAAUCCACUACUAAUGCACAAUCAUUGUGUCAAGAGAAUAUGUUGCAGAAAAAUGGAAAUGGACUGCCUUCAAGUCGAUUCCAACUUAUGGAGACCCUAUGAAUAGGGUUUUCAUGGAGAUGACUACUUAGGCAUGGCAGACCACCCUCAAGCACUAUCCCAGGAAACUCUCCAUCAGGUAAUGGCUUCUGAGGGCACAGACUCUACCCAUAUAAAGACAGGGUCACUCUCUCACCACCGGAACACUCAGCCUACCGAUAUGGCACCCAGGCCACUGCUGCAUCUGCAGAGUAUCGAAGAAGGGAAAGGCCCCUUCCCACCAUCCCGGAGAAGCUCCAUCAUGAGCAUCCUCAAUGCCCCGUUUUCCAGCAGGAGAAAUUCACUGGCUGCUGGGGGAAGGCGUCUCUCCAUUGGGCCCUGGAUGCAUUGUGGUCGAGUGAGUUUCUCUGGGCUACCACUCUUUGAACCCAUCCGGGAGACGCGCUAUGAGAAUACCUACAAAACCCACCCAGAUGAAGGCUGCAAGUUUAAUACCUCCCAAGUACAGCAGGUUCUUGAGUCUAUUCUGUCCACAUACCUAGGUGAUGCCAGGUAUAACCCUGCAAAUAGCGGGCAGAUAGUCCAGAACCUGUCAGACCUCAUCCGGAACAGAGUCAAGGAGAUAACUCCACCACGCUACAAGCUGGUGUGUAAUGUCUUUCUGGGCCAGCAGGCCAACCAAGGCCUGCGCAUUGGCAGUCAGUCCCUCUGGGAUGUGGAGAAUGACAACUUUGCAUCUGCCACAUUCACUAAUUCAUCACUCUUCGCUGUGGCCACCGUUCAUGGUCUCUAUUUUGAAUAAGCCGUGUUGACUGAUCCUAAAGCCCCUUUUUCCUUACUAUUACCUAGGUAGAAAUAAAAAUAAUGUGAUUUUAGGUAGUUAUUGCCCAUAUUUAAUUUAAGCUAGCAUGAAUUUGUGGAAGAACUUCACAUCCCACCCCCAACUGUUUGUCAGAUAAAGAUAUUUUGCAGUAAUACAAGUAAUGUGGGUUUUGAUGGCUGAGAAACUAUUAGUUUCUUCUUCAAUAGCUUAACUUUAGGCUGAAUAUUUCCGCAGACCUGGACAGCAUAUUUUAUGCAGAGCUUGGAAAAGUUACUUUUUUGAACUACAACUCCCAUCAGCCCAAUCCAGUGGCCAUGCUGGCUGGGGCUGAUGGGAGUUGUAGUUCAAAAAAGUAACUUUUCCAAGCUCUGAUUUUAUGUGUAUUUAGCUAUCAGUCUAAUAUUUUCUAGCAUCAUACAAACUAAUUCCCAAAGACUACGGGUUGGAGCUAAAGAAUUAUGAGUGGAAAGAAAAUAGCCAUUAGGACUGCUCUGCAAACACUCAAAAGUGUUCACACAGCGCUAAACUUGGUAGAUUCUUCAGCAGGUCUCAUGCUUCUGCGAGAGAUUGUGUAACCACUUGUACAAGCAGAAUAUUAUGGAUCUAUUCCACAAGUAGGAGGAUAUAUUCCCCAUUCACAAGUUGUAAGACAUUGUGUUUGCUGCUACCUAUGACCACAAUGUAGUUGCUUAUAGAAAACAUGCAUUUAAUAUUAAUUCAGUACAUACCAGCAGCUACUACAUGUAAAAAAAAAGAUGUACAGAAAAACAUGAAAUAUUAACAAGUGCCAGGGUUUGUCCAUCUACUGAAUCUUGUGGAGCUGGCUAAGAGUUGGAACACUGGCUUGAACUGUUAACAAUCCUGGAUCUGGGUGCCUGUAUUUGGCAUAAACUCUCUGCAAGAUGCCAUGAGAAGUUACAGGCUUCCAUAUGCAUUGUUUAGACUAGUCACUAGAACGGGGGUUCCCAAACAGUGGUCCAUGGAUCACUGGUGGGUCAUGAGCUUCAUACAGGUGGUCCUGGCAUGUUCAUAUCAAAUAUUCGUAUUGAUUUUUAAUUGUAUUGUUAUUUCUUAUUUUAUUUCUUAUAUUUUAUUGUAUUUGAAUUCUAUUGAAUGCAAGUUGUAAUACUAUAAAAUGCAAUAUAAUAAAAGAAACAAUAAAAAUAUAGGGGGGGAAGCACACAGAGUAUAGCAGAGGACAUUACAGUUGCUACAACAGGAAGAAAAAAUUAAUUAAGUGGUCCACCAAGACCAUCAGCAAUUUAAACUGGUCAGUGGGGGAAAAUGUUUGAGAACCACUGCACUACAAGAUUUUGUUUUUCAGGUGGGUGUGAUCUGAACAAUUUGUCUUGGGUAAUUAUUUAAAUGUUCCAGAAAAAAAAACCAGUCCACCUAUCAACCCACUUGGCCAAUGCAGCAUAAUUGAGAUGAACAACAAGAAUCUCCAGAACAUGCUUUUCAU